ACACAUGGAAGGGAGUCUUUAGUAAGUCACUUGCAAGUCGCGAUUGAAACUAAAGUUCUACUUGUAUAAAUUCUCAUAAUCUCAAUAAAUCUUUCAUUAAAUUGAUUCGUCCACUUAUUCUCUAUUCUUAUCAAACAAACUGCUUUCAACUUUUAGUCACAAUACCAAACUCUCCUCUCUAUUUCCCCUCUUUCAUUUCUUCUCUUCGCAAAUCCUCUGCCUUUUCAUGGCUGCUUUUCGCCAUUGAAGAACAUAAACAAACCCUGGUUAACUUCAAUUGCUUAAAAAUGGCGGAUUCUUUCUUCAAUUUCUCAGUUAUCCUCUUGAUAUUAUGGAUUAUUUCAGUUAAAUUAGGAUCCAAUGCGCAACUUAUUCCUGAUGAUGAAGUAAAAAUUCUGCAAAUAAUUUCUAAUAAGUUGGUGAAUGCAAAUUGGAAGAAGAUCUUGCCAACAUCCUGCAAUAAUGGUGCUCAAGGCUUCUUCAAACAAUAUGAUACAACCAUUCUUAGCAACGUCACAUGUGAUUGUACAUUUAAUAAAGGCACUGUUUGCCAUGUCACAAAUAUCCAGUUGAAGGGUCUAAAUAUUACUGGACCUUUUCCUGAUGAAUUUGGAAACCUUACUCAGUUGGAAGAAAUUGACUUCUCCAGGAACUAUGUCAGUGGAACAAUUCCUAAAAGUCUGUCUAAGAUCCCACUUGUCACUUUAUCAGUUUCAGCGAAUCAGAUCACUGGUCCAAUUCCGGAAGAACUUGGACAAAUUACCACCCUUGAGACUUUGCUCGUCGAAGAUAACCGGCUACAAGGAUCUUUACCCCGUAGCAUUGGAAAUUUGAAAAAUUUGAGAAGAAUGGUGUUUGCUGCAAAUUUUUUAAAUGGAACAAUACCUGAAACUUAUGUCAAUUUGAAGAACCUCACAGAACUAAGAUUAAGUGGAAAUAUGAUAUCCGGGAAGAUUCCUGAUUUUAUUGGCAAUUUGACGAACCUUGAAAAAUUUGAUAUUCAAGGAACGUCGUUGGAAGGGCCGAUUCCAUCUUCCUUAUCUCGUCUAACAAAUCUGACAAUUUUGAGAAUUUCUGACCUCAAUACUAAAAGUAUUCCAUUUCCAAACAUUUCACUAAUGAAAAAUCUACUGUAUCUGGUACUCAGGAAUUGCUCAAUUAAUGGUCCGAUUCCUGAUAUUUGGAACAAUUUGGCAAAUGUGAAGUAUUUAGACCUAAGUUACAAUCAGUUGAGUGGUGAAAUUCCACCAUCAAUGGGGUCCUUGUCACACCUCAGCUAUUUGUUCCUUACAAACAACUCUAUUUCUGGAGCAAUACCAAAUUGGAUACUCAACAGCAAGGAAAACAUCGAUGUGUCAUAUAACAAUUUCACUGGCUCUGCCCCUGGUAGUUGUCAGCAGUCUAGUGUGAACCUUGUGGCCAGCUAUUCAUCCGCGAACAGCAACUCAGAAAGUUGGUGCUUGAGGAGGGACCUUCCUUGCCCCAGUAAACCCCAACACCAUUCUUUAUUCAUCAAUUGUGGUGGACACAAGGUUGACAAAUUUGAAGAGGAUAGUACUCCUGGUGGCCCUUCAACGUUCUUUUCGGUUGGAGAUAUCCCUAGGUGGGCUUAUAGUAGUACAGGAUCAUUUCUUUAUGAUGAAAGUGCCAACUUCGUGGCGACGGAAACAUCCAACCCAAAUGUAACAGGCAUUUACCAAACAGCUAGAUUAGCACCUAUAUCACUCAAGUACUAUGGCCUUUGCUUGCUGCCAGGGAGUUACCAUGUCACGCUUCAUUUUGCUGAGAUUAUGUUUGUUGAUGACCACAAGUUUGACAGCAAUGGCAGGCGCUUCUUUGAUGUCUCAAUUCAGGGGGAAGUAAUGCUGAAAGACUUCAAUAUCGAGGCAGCAGCUGGAGGUGCAGGCAAGGAAGUAACAAGGGAGUUUGAUGUCCUUGUAAAUGGGAGUACAUUAGAAAUCUACUUAUACUGGUCUGGCAGAGGGACAACUGCUUCUCCCAACAGAGGUGUAUACGGGCCUCUUAUAUCUGGGAUUUCAAUAACUUCCAGUGAGUUUAUAUCUGGGAUUUCAGUAAAGUCCAACUUCAAAGUCGGCAGAGGAUUGUCAGCUGGAGCCAUUGUUGGAAUUGUUCUUGGUUCAUGUGCCCUUGUAUCAAUUUUAGGAAUUUUGUGGAUAAAGGGUUACUUCAUGUGCCCUGGUAUCAAUUUUAGGAAUUUAGGAAUUGUUCUUGCUUCAUGUGCCCUUGUAUCAGAAGAUGAAGAACUCCGAAGGUUAGGUACUGGAUAUUUUACCUUGAGGCAGAUUAAAGCAGCAACAGAUGACUUUGAUCUGAGAAACAAAAUAGGUGAAGGAGGUUUUGGACCAGUGUACAAGGGUGUAUUACACGAUGGUAAAGUGAUUGCGGUCAAGCAGCUUUCUUCUAAAUCGAAGCAAGGAAAUCAUGAAUUUAUCAAUGAGAUAGGGAUGAUAUCUGCCGUACAACACCCAAACCUUGUGAAGCUUUAUGGGUGUUGUACUGAAGGAAAAGAGCUAUUGCUUGUAUAUGAAUACAUGGAAAACAACUCACUCGCCCGUGCACUCUUUGGUAAGAAGGAUCAGAUAUUGCACUUGGAUUGGCAAACAAGAAAGAGGAUAUGCUUGGGAAUUGCAAGAGGAUUAGCAUAUCUUCACGAGGAGUCAAGAUUGAAGAUUGUUCACAGGGAUAUUAAGGCGACUAACGUGUUGCUUGAUGAAGACUUGAAUGCUAAAAUUUCAGACUUUGGCUUGGCAAAACUUGAUGAAGAUGAAAAUACUCAUAUCAGCACAAAAAUUGCUGGAACUAUAGGUUAUAUGGCUCCCGAAUAUGCGAUGAGAGGCUAUCUCACAGAUAAGGCAGAUGUAUACAGCUUUGGAGUAGUCGUACUCGAGAUUGUGAGUGGCACUAGCAACACAAGUUAUAGGCCAAAGGAAGAGUUUGUUUAUCUUCUUGACUGGGCUUAUGUCUUACAAGAGCAAGGAAACCUUCUCGAGCUUGUCGAUCCAAAUCUAGGCUCAAGCUACUCAAAAGUCGAAGCAUUAAGGUUGCUAGAAAUUGCCUUACUAUGUUCAAAUCCGUCUCCUAGUCAUAGACCCUCAAUGUCAUCAGUUAUUGUUAUGAUUGAAGGCCAAGCCCCGGUCCAAGCACCAAUUGUUAAGCGUACCGAGACGAACGAUAAUUUAAGGUUCAAGUCUUUUCAAACUCUAUCACAGGACAGUCAAACUUAUGCCUCAGGGAGUUCAACAUCUAGCCAGGUUCAAAGAAGUACAUUGAUGGAUGGUCCAUGGAUGGAUUCCUCAAUAUCUAUGCAAAGCAAUGAUGAGUUUAGUGACAGGUCUCUCUCCACAACAAGACUGGUUUAUGAGCUUGCAGAUGUAAAGCUAGAUUAACAAGAACAUUUGUUUAAGUCCGAGAUGGUUUUGGGCACAUGUAAGAUAUCCAAGGCAGAUGGAACCGAAAAAAUGUCAUAUGUUUUAGUUUCUUGAUAUAUUAUUUAAUGCUUUUUGUAAAGUUGUACAAUAAAUAGAGCAUCAAAAAUUAUUGUAUUAUUUCACCCCGCCUAGUUACUGCGUUAGAUUUUGUUACAUAUACUCCUAAAAUAUAGUUGAGUUAUCAAAAGUCAAGUGUUGUCAGCCUAACUUACAAGGUUAAUGUAACGAGUAACGAUCAAUCUAAUGUGUUAUAGAAAUAUUUAAGGGAUAUUAUCAAUGGUACCUUUAUAUUAUUGCACUUUAUCUUUGGUA